AUGGACAAGUCCCCAUACGAUGGGAAUUUCAUAUUCACCGCAGAAACGCACGAAGACCACGAGAGCCAAAGCUCAUCGGAUAUCGGCCAAGGCUCGCCCUUAACACCUCCCAGUCUACGGUCGUACUCCUCCUUGGAACUACGCUCAUCUUGCACGGACGAGGACGAUGACAACUGCCGCUUGAUAAAAUUAACCAACACGAUAAAAAAACUCGCCGAUCUGAUUGGCGAUCCCACCCUCAGAGGGGACACCCCGACUGUCCGUUGUUUGCUGCGCAAGCUCCUCGAGUACAAUGGCACCGACGGCUUUUACCUGCACCACCUGCCGCAGAUCGGCGAGAUCCUCGAGUUCCUGUCGAUGCGGGCCAAAGAAUCGGACGAGUACCCCGCAGUCCUCGAGCGGCUCUUGUCCCUCUGCUCCCUACCCCCGCGUCUGCGGCGAUCCUCCGAGAUCCUCGGCUCCGCUAGUAAUCUGAAGCGCCACUUCAGCCUACUGGGCUACCUACUCGGGCUGGCACCGACGAGAUGCCACUUCCUGUUGGCCAAAGGGGCCAUUGAGCGACUCAUGCAACCGAAGAGGCGCCAGGGAGCUAGAAACACCGUCAAGCGGGACGCGCUUCUCGGAGCCUUGGAGGAUUCGAGGCUUUCGGUCACUCUGGCCGAGCUCGUCGGAGCGUCAUCCUGGGAAACGUACCCGGUAGUCCUCGAGCUGGUGCUGGCUGUCGUUUCCGCUUCUACGGUUUGCUGUUUCAGGAUGCUGGAGGCUGGGGUUGAAAACGAGUUGCUGCUGAGGAUGCAUCCAGCCUACGGGUUGGGAUCGGAGUGCCUGCAGGUGACGGACGACGGGGACUUAUACCUCGAGAGGGAGGAUUAUUGCGGAGCCGCGGAGUUGGCUGCAGGGGUUCUGGGGCGACUGAUGACGGCGGUGAUUUUCGCGAGCGAGCUGCCGGGGACGGUGAGGCAGUUGGAACCACCUAGUGAGGCUGCCAUGUGGAGCCUAAAAGCCGCGUUCAGGCGCGCAGUAUUGCUCAGCAAGCAAAGCUCGCGUAAUCGGGAGCUGCGCAACAACCUCGCGAACCUACUACUCGCAAGCCUCAUGAGGUCGAAAACGGCCACCAGCUGGGAUCUAAUGACCAGUGGCCUUGUCGAAGACUUGGCUGAUUUAAGCGUCGCUACGGAAUUCGGCGAAGCUUGUGACAUGAUCGAAACUAGCAGCCGCGAGGCUCUCGCUUUCAAGAAGACUGUGCUGCUCAGCGUUGCCCUCGUCGCCCAGAUACCCUCUGAUGGCGUUCAUCGUGUAAAUUGUCAACAAGUUACCAAAACCCUUGAUUCGGAAAAUUUGUCCUCACAUCGUCAGAGACUCGUUACUCUGCUACUCACAACGAGCGAGAACAUAAUAGCAAACAAAACAGACCUCUGCGAGUGCCACUGCGACUUGAUUGUUGGUACGGCCGUUGAUUUACUGCAACGAUGUCUUGAUCCGAAGAACAAGGACUCUGAACUCGAGCAAAGUUAUCUCGGUGCUAUUGCUUCGUUCGUUUGGAAAUGCACGACCAGCUGCUCUCGCGUGCUCGAGGCCUUUUUGAAACAUGCCGGGCUCUACCUCGUGCUGGACAUCAUGGAAACGGCGAAUCUGGCGGUGCAAAGUUUUUACCUUGCCUUACUCAGCGAUAUCUGCAGCUCGACGGACUCAUGCGACUGCUUCAUAUUCACGUGGCGGCUUAGGGCCGACAAAAAUAGGGGACUAUUGUCGCUGCUGGCAAAUAUUUGGAGAGACGAGGAGGAAGCGCUCGCUACCGUUUGGAGGAGGGGCGUUUGUCAAGGCCGCGUGGAGAGCACAGAAUCCCCUCUGAUGAACGACGAUCAGUGGUACUACGUGUACUUCACGAAAUCUCUUUUACGACCAAGUAGUAUCGCUCUAUCGGCAACUGGAGCUGCAAGGCCGAAAAUUUACUAUUUGCACGAGCUGAUAAAAAUCAAGGCCGAAAACUACGAAAAUCUCUUCCAGCAGCUCUGUAUUGAGGAUCAAAUAACCCUAUUGACGAUCGAUGCCUACGACAGACUGAAAGAGGACGAGGCUGAGCUGUCGAUAUCACGGCUCCUGGAGCACGUGGGGCUCCGUCCCCUGACACGGGCCAGCGAGCCUCUUCGCUCCGUCGAUCAAAAGAUCAGUGGCUGGGGCACUCGAGUGCUGGAGCGUCAAACGAGUUUACAAGCGGAGCAUCGGGCCGUGGAAGUGCAAGCGGAGCGUGACCAGCUGCACCGGAUACACGAGGCAGGUCUCGCCUCGGCCUUUGACGCGCUCGAGAAGACUUCCUUUAUUGCCCGGACGAGCUCCAAGGAAUAUAAACUGACCAAGGUGGAGGAGCUACGAAAUGAGAUGAACCGGAGCGAGAUGGGACCGGAAAUUUGUCGGACUUUGGAUUGGGGGGCUGGUUUUACGAAUGUUUUCAAUCAACACGUGAGAGUUCAAAGCAUAAGAAAAGAAUGCCUUGAAAAGGCCACGUCCAACAUAUCACUAGAUUCUGCAGCUUCGUCGUUUAUUGAUGCUUCAGAGUGCACGUCCGCGUCUUAUAAAUCGGAAUCGUCGUUUUUAUUAAAAAACUAUCGAUUUGAUCCAAGUGGACGAAUUUUUGUUUAA